AUGUCCUAUUUUCUUCCUCACCUUCCUUCCGGCUGGCACGUUGAUGAGGCUAUAAAGUCUGAAGAGGAUCGCGUCGUGGUUAUUCGAUUCGGACAUGACUGGGACAGCCAAUGCAUGAUGAUGGACGAAACGUUGUACUCCGUCGCGGAGAAAGUCCAGAACUUUGCAGUCAUUUACCUGGUUGAUAUCACGGAGGUGCUGGACUUUAACAAGAUGUAUGAACUGUAUGAUCCUUGUACCGUGAUGUUCUUCUACCGGUAUGCCAUGUGCUAUUCGAGACGCAGGAGAGGAGCUGAACUUGCAGCUAGUAAUAAACACAUCAUGAUCGAUCUGGGAACCGGUAAUAACAAUAAGAUUAAUUGGGCCAUGGAUAACAAGCAAGAGUUGAUUGAUAUCAUCGAAACGGUUUACCGAGGUGCAUCGAAAGGAAGGGGUUUGGUGGUUUCGCCGAAGGAUUACUCUACGCGUUAUAGGUACUAG